AUGGCGCAUUACGAUUUCCCUUGCUUGGGAAAUAAAGGGCCUGGCAUAAACCAAGGAACAGGCCUUCAUGACAAGCAUGUGAACAGAGCUGGGCGGCUGUCAACACAGGUGAAAAGGCGCAGUGGCGAUCCCUGCUUCUUCACACCGUCAGCUGAUGAUCUGCCUCCUCACAUCAACAUGUCUCUCAGCUCCCAGAGGCUGCCGCUGUGGAUCAUCGAGCACCUCUGGGCUCACAAGAUGAUGGAUAUGCAAGAAGUUGUGGAUGCUUCCCACUGGCCAGAGGUGGACUCACAGCCUCUGAGCCUCGAAGAUUCGUGGAGGCUGCGUGUUGUGUCUGCACAGGUCUACUCCAUCAUGAAAAACAGGGACGUGGAGCACUUUGAGAAGGUGAUGGGCUUUCUUGAGGCCACUUACAGACUUCUGCCUAGACUCGUGGCAGCCAUCAAACACAUGAAGAUCACAUUUGGCCUCAAGACUAUGGUCAUUAUGUGGAUGCUUAGGGAUGGCAGAGGCAUGAUUGAUACCGUGCAUAAAAUUAUCCAGUUCUUCCCAAGUAAACUACCUCAGUACCAAGAUCAAUGUAGCCAACAUGAAAUGUUCCUAAUGCGAAAGAACCAUCUGGACUUUAAGACUCUGGCACAAACACUCGCUAUGGACAAAGACAGACUUGAAGAUUAUAUCAAGAACCAGAUGGAGGAGCAGUAUGGUGAACUUUAUGCCCAGAAAGUAGAGGACAGGUUGCUGCACUAUCUGCAAGAGCUGGAAACUGUCUUACCAAGAGAUACCUACAUUGAUAAGAUACUGAAGAAAGAAAGUCCUGUGACUGAGGAGGAGAAGCUGCUGUUAGAAGUUAUUAAUUCUGACGCCACAACCAUAGCAACAACCCUACAAAACCUGCUGCACUGUGAUGUUGCUUCCUGUCGUCCAAUCAGUGCUUCUCAGAAAUCAGAACAUGGAGCAGAAUUGGAAAGCUUUCAACUCCCAAACUCUGUUCUGUAUGCCAGCUCCUCAAAAGCUCUUCUUGGGUCGCAGGUUAUUAGAGGAAAGGAGGCUGCACAAGAUUUGUCUAAAAGCUACCAUUUUUUGCUGGAGGAGGAUAAAUCUAACCUGGAUGCACUGACAGCAGGUAAUAGCAGUGACGGAGGAGUGAAAAAUGUAGCAAGUGUGCUGGAGAGAGAAGAAGGAGACACUUCAGAAGAGAGGGGCAAAGUGGGAGAAGAAGAGAGUGGUCAAAGGGAAAAGGAGGAAAUGAGUCAGAGCAGCAGUGGAUGUUCUCAGGAAGUGGCCUCCUCCCCUCAGUUCUGCUCCAAACAUCAGCGAUGGGUAAAUAGCAUCCUGCAAGAGUGUCCUGAUGAGUGCUCAGAAGAGCUGCUGCUUCAGGCUAAUGUUUCUUCGUCCCCACCACUGUUCCAGUCUUCCUCAUCUUCCUCCUCAUCACAGGACCUCACCCCUUCUGACCUCAUCCCAUGUCCUCCUAACCAAGAACAUCCACCUUCACAGACCUCCGCUCGUGUUCUGACAGCAGCCAAGGCAUCUGGACAAGGAAACCCUGAAAGUAAGCGGAGUUCUGGGCCCCCUGCAUCAGCCAACAGUAACCCUCAAAUGGUGCCUCUACCUCAGCCCUCUUCAUCCAAAGACACUCUACCUGCUAUGCUGUCACCGGUUGUCCGACUGAUAGACAUUGCUUCUGUCAGAGGGAACUACCUUACCUUUAACCCAUAUAAAGCAUCUCCAAAUAACUUCACCAUUUCUAGUAAGGAACAGAAAGCUUCCUCUUGUAGUCCUCAGGUACUAACCUCUUCACACUGCUUUACCUCAGUGAACAAAGAGUCUACAUUUAACCAACCGGAAACGGUGUCUCCAGCAAAUCCUCCAAACACAACACACAAAUUGCAAACAGCUCCUGUAUCUCAGGAUGCAUCUGCCUCUACCAGCUAUCAACCACCAACUCGACAGUCUGUCUCCAGACUUUCAAGAAAGUACAGACGGGCUUGUGCUGCUAGAGGGCAUUCACAGGCUCUGGACGGAUUCAGUCAAAACCCUUUAACUGAGCAGUUCAGAAAGGCCCCAUCUACCUUUCAGAUGAGUUGUCCGCCCUUGACGCACCCUGCUUCUACCUCUGCUGCUCAAUCAGGGACUAUAUCCUCAAUCUGUACCGAUAACCAAAUCCCUUUAUCUACAAACUCAUCUCAACAAGUUGCUCCUCAGAAUUCUAUCAAACCUCAUCCUCAGAAACACAGCACCAGUCCUCUUCAGUCAAAGACAUUACCAUGCACCACUGUUGUUUCCUGUACCUCCAACUCUGAUUGUCUGGCAGUCAGGACUGAGAUCAGUAGAGUCUGCAGAGCCCAGCUGAGGUUAUCGUUGCAGAGUCAGGUUGUGCUGCUGCAAUCUAAGGUGCUACAGCCCUUUGUGAAUCUUACCAGACUGAGCAUGGAGGAGUGUCAUCAAAUGACUGAGGGGAGAUCUCCAAUCAGACAUGUACAGUCUGUGGAACAAGAUGGAAAUGGUGACAACAAUGAGGAAGAGAGGAGGGAGGAGGAAGAGCAUGCAGAUUCCUCUUUUGAUCUCAACACUCUUUACUCCAGUCAUUCUUCAAGUAGUGACAGUGACGAUACCGACCCUGACUACAAACCUAGCAUUAAAAAGAAAAGACUUCAACAGUAUUUGACAGCUGUGAACCUGAAUCAUAUAUGAGAACAUACAAAUAUACAGAGCAAUUCAGUGUUGCUAGACUCAGGUUUGAUGAUCUGAUAUCACCAGUGAUAGCAACUUCAAUUUCCAGCAAAGUUAGUGGCUAACUUUGCUAGCUAACGUUUAAGUUAGUGAAGACCAAAACAGAACUAAAAGAAUAAUGAAUAUUUGACUCUGUCUCUGCUGGAUGUGUAAACAGACAAUAGUUGUGUAACAUGUUACCAUUAUCCGUUUUAAAGAGGAAUAUAUUAAACAUGGGAUUUUUAGAUUUUCAGCUGAUGAAAUGUUUAAUACUGUUAUUUAAUAACCCCUAUUUAAAAUGACCUGAAACCUGAUGAUUGCACUGUUGAAGAAGAAGGGGAUAAUUUAAUUGUUUAUAUGGUGCUUCAUACAUUAUUAAAGCUGUUACAUUAUCUUUUGAAUUGUUAUUGGAAAAGAAAACUAGAGGUGUUUACAAUUAGGUUAAUACACAUUACGAUGUAACAUAACCUUCCUGACUUGAAAACCACCUAUUAUCAUAGCAUUUACUGUAGCAGUUGCCUCUUGAAUGUUUGAGUGUUUUGUAACCAUUGAAAGUGGUUUGUCAGUAUAAAUUUGAGAACCACUGACAAAUCAGAAUAAAACUGUCUUUUCAUGUGUUUCUUUUUGUCAGUCUGUCAGUUGGUUGGUCCACCACUUUGGUCCAGAUUUAAAGAUCUCAACAAGUGUUUGAUGUAUUGCCAUGAAAUUUGGUACAGAUAUCCAUGGUCCCCAGAUGAUGCAUCCUAAUGGUGAUCCCCCGAUCUUUCCUCUAACACCACCAGCAGGUUAAAUAGUUGAAGUAUUCAGUGAAAUAUCUUUCACAAUAACAAUAACAUUCACAAGAUGGAUUGGCUAAACAUUUUUUACCAAUAUUCAUGGUUCCCUGAUGUUGUAUCCCAAGGACUUUGGUGAUCCCCUGACUUUUCCUCUACCACCAACAUGAGGCUGACAUUUGUGAGUGAAAUGUUUUUGCAACUGUUGGAUGGAUUGCCAUAUCUGGUAUAGAUUUUCAUCUACUGCCAUUAUCAGGUCAAUUUUUUAAUUCCUCCAAUACUUUGAUUUAUGACCAAAUAACUGCAAGACGAUGUUAUUCCCAUCAGCCUCGGUUUAACUUUGUUUGGUGGCCAUAGACUCUUUAGUUGUGUUCAUUAAGGGAUUCAGUGUAGAAAGUAGUGUAGUCUGUGUCCACUUGCCUGUCACCUUGUAAGCUGAUGUUAGUCAGACAUGGAUCUAUACUUAAUGGACCACCUACUCUGAGUCACAGCUGCUCCUCUUUGGCCAGAUAUGUGCCUGUCUCCUGAAUCAUCCAAUGAGCCCUGAAAGUCAGCUCUGUAUGGCAGGCUGUCCAGUGGCACGACAUGACAAAGAAGAAAAAGAAAUGGUUUAGACGUGAGUGACAAAUCACUAAGGGUCAUCACUGAGGUCAACAGUACCCCCUCUGUUUGCAUAUGUGUGUUUACAGAGUGCUAUUCUGUGGUGGAGGUAAAAUGAGGACACUGCUUAAUGGCUUUUGACCUGAGUACUGAUUAGGUGUGCCCUUGAAUGAUACAUGUAACAGUAUGCUGGACACACAAUAAGUGUAGGAAAUGUGUUGAUUUGACAGCUGUAAGUACUGGAUUUCACCUGGAAGUUGUCAUGUUACUGUCUCUUUAAUUAUAAAUCACACUUUUAUAGUAAGACUUUUCAAAGGUAUUUUAUAAUUGGGCAAAUUGAUAUCUGUGGAGUGAGUAAGCUUACAUUUUUCUUAGCCAGCAACUGAAUUGAACCUAGUGUUUUCAGUAGUUUCAAAAUAAUUUCUACACAUACUUUAGAGUAGGGUCGGGUAAAGUAGGGUAAUGAACUCCUUUUAACACUGUGAGUCUGAUCAUGAAUGAUAUCGAACCUGGCACUUUACCAAGCUACUGCAGUCUGAAGUUGAAGUACAUGAAGUCUUCAUUGAUAACCUCACUAAACUUGCAGAAUACCUAUUUAAAGUGGCUGGUGGUAUUGGUCAAAUUUUCCAAGAAAUAUUAUCAGCAGCUUUAGUCCACAAACAUCAGAAUCAGCCAUGAACAGCCUUUUUUUUUAUGUUGACGCUACAUUUCUUUGAUGAAAUAUUGAUGUUGGAUGAAAACAUUGUACACUACGCAGUCUCCAAAGCUGUCCAAAGAUAAUAAAAUAAAAUACUACCUGCUCAAACUGGCACCAAGGCCACCUGUUGACAGCAUGAUG